CUGCUUCAACCAAGCAUGCCACGUCGGUACCAGACUUUCGGAGUUGAGGAGAAACUUCUCCGCUGAGUUUGUGUCUGUAGACCUACCUACACACGACCAGGUAUUUCCAUUGAUCGUGUGUGUGUGCCAGGUGUUUCAGAAUGAAGUCUGUGUGUCCUCUCAAUCGACUGAUCUGACACAAUUCACUAUCAUGUUUUAAACAAGUGAGUUUAAUUGAUCCAAGUACUUGUUUUACAAUAAUAUAGGAGCAUCGUGAGAGUUGUUUUAAUAUACAAUCAUUAACAUUGGAAACAUCCUUUAUACACUCUAGCGAACUAGCGCUAAAUGAGGCGGGGUGUAUCACUGAAAUGUAGUCCUUGUGUGCCAACCGAAUGUUUGACAAAGGAACGAAAGGGAAUAUAAACUUUAACUCCGGAGUCUACGUGUGAUGAUAUGACGAAAAGUCACUAAGGAAAUAAUAAUGAACUCUACGAUAGACCUGAAUACAUACGAGUGUUCCGGGGAAGGGUUGAUACUUCCGGCGAUCAACGAGUACACAUGGAGCAUCGGUGCACGUGCAUUUCUGUACCUUCUUGGUAUGUUAUGGUGUUUUCUAGGAAUAGCCAUUGUAGCAGAUACCUUUAUGUGUGGCAUAGAAAAAAUCACCAGUAAAACUCGUGUAAUCCAGAUCCCCGACCCAGACAGUAAGGGAGGUGUCCGGGAGGUGGAAGUCAAAGUAUGGAAUGACACGGUGGCCAACCUAAGUCUUAUGGCAUUCGGCACCAGUGCUCCAGAGAUUCUGUUGUCAGUGAUAGAAAUCUGUGGGAAAGGCUUCAAGGCAGGAGAACUUGGACCCGGUACUAUUGUGGGAUCUGCUGCAUUUAAUCUGUUUGCCAUUACUGCAAUGUGUAUAGUGAGUAUUCCAAACGGACAAGUACGCAGGAUCAGCAAUAUGGGUGUUUACGCAGUGACCACGUCUUUCAGCAUGUUCGCGUACCUGUGGAUGAUUGUGGUUCUCAUGUUUAGCAGCCCCGGAGAAGUUGAACUAUGGGAAGCUAUCCUCACAUUCCUCAUGUUCCCAACGCUCAUUCUUGUGUCCUUCGCCGUCGACAAGGGUUGCUGGUGCAGGAAGAACAAGACUUCUUCUGAGGUGGAAAUCGGCAUAGGCUAUAAGGAAAACCGAGUUUUAGCUCCACCCAGACCAGGUCACUUCUCACCAUCCCUGACCUUCCAAUGUCUCGCUCUCUUGGAUCAAGUUACGCUACCACUGUUUCCCGCGAACUGGAGGCCCUCUAACAACGGCUUCAGCGGGGUUUCAGCACAGCUUUACAAGACCCGCUCCACGUACUUUUCUAACAGCGAUGACAAGAAUAGAGGCGAUGACGAUGGUGGAACCGGAACUGCCGACAUUAUACACAUGGCGCGCGAGCUGGGGCGGAACAAGGACAUCAGCGAGGAGGACGCAGCAAAGCUGGCCGCAGCCAAACUGUCGGAAAACCAACAUCACAGCUCUCUGUGGUACCGAAUACACGCCACACGGAACAUAACUGGCGGCCACAAGCUGGUGCCGCAGAUCAACAAGGCGCUACAUGAACUUUAUGAGCAGUCUCAGGAUAAAAUAGCUCGUCAGUCUCAAAUGGGUUCACAUCAAAGUUUGUCCAUGAUUGAUCUAACGGAAGGAGGGAACAAAGCCGUUGUCGAGUUUACAGCGCCCUCUUGUGCCGUUCUAGAGAACGAAGGAAAUGUUCGCAUAGGAAUUCGAAGAUACGGAUGCUGUAAAAAAUCUGUCACUGUAAUGGUAGAAACAAUUGACGGGACGGCUGAAGCUGGGAGUGAUUAUAAACCACUGAAGGAAAAAAUUGUGUUUAACGCAAACGAGACAAAAAAAGAGGUACACGUGGUGAUCGUCGACGACGACGUUUGGGAGCCAGAUGAGAUAUUUUUCGUCAAACUUUGGAUUGACGACUCUGCCCAGGACGUGGUUCUCGGCAAGACCGUGAUCAACCAGGUCACUAUCAUCAACGAUGACGAACCUGGAAAAUUUGAAUUUUCAAAACCUAGCUACAUCGUUAACGAGACCUCUGGAAAAGCGCAGUUGUUUGUGAAUCGUGUGAAUGGUGCUGACGGGUCUGUAGCGGUUUCAUGGCGGUCGAGGGACCUGACGGCCAUCAACGGCAAAGACUACAUCGGCGGCGAAGGCUCGCUCACGUUCGAGCAUGGCGAGACUAGCAAGGUCCUCGUGCUGUCGAUCCUCGACUCGGGGCUCACCGAUAGAGAACAUAGCUUCCAGGUGGAGCUGGUUUCCCCGACAGGUGGCGCUGAGAUAGGCAGGAUAGGCAAGGCAAUAGUAACACUUGUGAACGAUGAAGAGUUCGAGGGCCUGGUGUCCCGAAUAACCAAUCAGACCAUGAAGAAUCUGGAUGGUCUGAGAUUGGAUUCGUCGUCAUGGGGAGAACAGUUCCACGACGCCAUGAACGUCAAUGGUGGGGACGCAGAGAACGCCACCGUCAUCGACUAUAUCAUGCAUUUCUGUACAUUUUUCUGGAAGGUGAUGUUCGCCACACUUAUCCCGCCUACGUCAAUUGGAGGAGGUUGGCUCACAUUCAGCUUUUCACUGAUGGUGAUCGGAUUCCUGACUGCUAUCGUCGGCGACCUGGCCUCAAUAUUCGGGUGUUUAAUAGGCCUAAAGAAGACAGUGACCGCCAUUACGUUGGUGGCACUUGGCACUAGUAUGCCUGAUUUGUUCGCAAGCAAACAGGCAGCAGUAGGGGAGAAAACGGCUGACAGUUCUGUAGGCAAUAUCAACGGAAGUAACGCCGUCAAUGUGUUCCUUGGUCUAGGACUUCCCUGGCUCAUAGCAACUAUCUACUGGGGCGUUAAGGGGGAGCGGUUCAUCGUGCCAACUGACGCGCUGGGCUUCACCGUCGUCCUGUACACCGCGUUCGCAAUUUUCACUCUUGUAAUCCUGAUGAUUCGGAGGAAAUUUGCCGAAUUCGGUAAAGCUGAGCUGGGAGGGCCCGUCAGAAACAAAUUCCUCUCGGCUUUCCUCAUCUUGAUGCUGUGGUUUAUCUACGUCAUUUUAUCGUCAUUGAAUGCGUAUAAAAUCUUCAAUGUUCCCUUUUAAAAUUGGUGAAAGUGACUCCGGGAGUACCAUCGAUCACACUGUGAUAUCUGUGUUCAGAAUACGUGUCGCUUGUUUCUCAGCACUAUCUCGGCACGUUGUUUACGCGUGUCACCAGGUAUACUGGCAGUACGGACAUUAGAAUAUUGAAGUGGUUUAAAGAUUCCCUAGGUAUAAAAUUUAAGCAAGUCGAUAUGCCGUUUUUGAAUUGGUUACUACUUUAAGGGGUUUUUCUGAUAAACCUACCCACCACAUUCGCUUCAACUUUUCAGAUAUUGCGUUAACAAGUGUUUUCAGAAUAUCAUUGGAUUGUUGAUCAGGUGGUACAAAGUUGAUUUACACACACAUAGUGUGACCGAUGUCACUAUCUCGCCUUUUUCGUUUCGUAUUUUUAUUUUUAUAAUAUACUUCGUUCCUCCGAGUGAAGCGGAAUUUAGCAUCCUUUUAAUUAAAAGUCUUUCACUAUUGAGCGCUGUCAGUGUUGUAGUGGCAGUUAUUCAUUGUGUAUGGUGGAAUAGAUCUGCCACCACAUAUCUGCGAGAUAUUUCAGGUGAUAUAGGGAUAGUUUAGUUCACACUAUGUUCACUGUACGACAGAGCGAGGUAAUAAAACGACAUAGCGAGAUACUCCACUUGACACAGAAAACUUUGAGGUUUGCUUCGGCUUGCUGUUUUCUGUGGCUGCUGCUUCAAAUUUCUUCGCGAUGAGCUUUCAAAUAGAGGUCACAUGACACAAAAUUUGAAAAAAAAAAUGUUAAUGCAUAUAGCUGUAUCAAAGCAGGUGUGUAUGACAACGUAGCGACUUGAUAAAAAACAUACACUUAUCUCACUAUGUCGAGUCUUCAAUUUGCUAUGCCGAUCUAUUUACUUCGCUAUGUCGCAUACUAUAGGAAAUAUCAGUAGGUUGGUCAUAAAUUGUUUAACAAAAUGAAAAACUAACCUAAGAAUAGGUCUAUAGUUUAUGUAGGGACUGACCAGAAGGUUUUAGCUAUCUAUUAUACUUACAGACUCAUAUUUGAAUAAAAUAAAAUUUGAUGAAAAAUAUGUUUUCUCUGUAAUGUAAAUACAGUUGGAUCCAAGGAACCGCUGUGUGUUCACGAAGCGACAUACGGAGACCAACUAUUCCUCUAGAGUAAACAUGUGAUAAAAUAAGUACUGAAGUUCAAGCAAUGGAUGAGACUGCUGACGAUUUUACUGUAACGACAGCUCCGAGCACGUGACUGCAAAGGGCUAUGUUGAUUGGUCUGUGAUAUAGACGUCGUCUCGUGGUGUAUGCGUUCUGAUAUUGUAAAUUUUAAUGUGACGUCAACUUUCAGAUAUGACAAUGCAUGUGCAUGUUUUGAUUUAGGUUUCAGCAUUUACGUGGACGAUUCAUGGCCUGUAAUUUAAUGAUGUUGCAAAAUUGAAUUGUGUUGUUUUACUGAUUGCUUCUAUAGCUAACUUAUUGACUCAUUCAUCUAAACUGUUUUUAUUUGGUGACGAAAUAAUGACUUUCAUUGAAACUAUUAAGAUUGCGGACACUGUUUUCCGACCUAACAAGCACACAGUGAACGUUGUGUUGUGUAGAGAACACCAUUGCCAUGAGGGAUAUGUAGGUCUGUUUCGGAAAUAUAUCUUUCAAAAUGAAAAUCUAAUUCAUAUGUACUUCAACAUACAGUUAAUGUUACAUAUUUCUGUACGUACUUUUUCUGAUAAGUUACUGUUAUUUUCUAGUGGUUUGUGUUGUAAUGGUGAAAUUGUCUGAAAGUACUGCCGAGUUCCGCAUAUCUGUGUUAACUUUGGGAUGAUAGUGCAUUAUCUCCCAUGUGGAAAAUCGUGAUAAUCAUAUAACAAAUUAAUUGAACUCUUCAAAUUGAACUGUUCUGUCGAUUUAAUAUAUCGCUGAAGUCUAUAUCUCACUUCUGAUCUGAAAUGUCUACAUGAUUUAUAUUCCCAGUCUACAUGAACCAUAUACGUUUUAUCGUAGCAGUACUUUAGCAAACCCCCUGAUAAUAUUCGGUAGGAAAUUAUUACCUUUUUAUCAUUAUUAUUCGUUGCAAUCUGAAGGAAAUCAUUAGCUGGAUAAGAAAAGCUUUUCAUUACAAGUAUUAUGUAAUAUAAGUGGUAAAUUGAUCCAAGUAGUGGGGAUUCUGGGAGGUCCUUAUUUAUACAUCAUAGUCAUUGUUGAACAAAGAUGUCUGUUUCCGAGUGUAUGUUACGAGUACAGACUCGUUACCGCAGUUACUAUUUAUCUGUUUAACCUUUUAUCAAGGGAAAUUUUAUCCUUAAAUUUGUAAUGACUUGUUUAAUAGUUAUUUUGUUUUCAUUUUUGUACUUUUAAAGUACGGUCUAUUACAUCAAUAAAACAAUAUAGAUGGGGCUACUGGUAUUCUUGUUUUUGCGAUU